AAAAGAUAAAAAUUAUGAGUGCAGAUCAUUUAGAAAGAAUUAAACAGAGAGAUGGAAAGAGAGCAAUACAUCCCAUUAUUUGAAACAAAAGAAGCUAAGGCAUGGCUCUUUUACAGGCUCUUCUCUGUAACUGUGUUUCUUGCUGUAUGCUUCAUAUGGGUUUACAGAAUCACUAACUUACCAAAAAAUGGAGAAGAUGGCAGAUGGGUUUGGAUUGGACUGCUUGCAGCUGAGUUAUGGUUCGGUCUUUACUGGCUCAUCACUCAAGCUCUCAGGUGGAACCCAGUCUUCAGGUCCACCUUCAAGGACAGGCUCUCUUGGAGGUACCAGGAUGAGUUGCCUGGAGUAGAUAUAUUUGUAUGCACAGCAAAUUUCAAGAUAGAGCCGCCGAUAAUGGUGGUGAAUACGGUGUUAUCUGUUUUGGCUUAUGAUUAUUCACCGGAAAAACUUAGUGUGUAUCUGUCGGACGAUGGUGGAUCAGAUCUUACGUUUUAUGCUCUCUUGGAGGGUUCCGAGUUUGCCAGACAUUGGAUACCAUAUUGUAAGAAGUUCAAGGUGGAACCAAGGUCUCCUGCUGCUUAUUUUGCUGAUUCCAAAUCUUGUAUGGAUCUUUCUCAUCGUAUUGAGGCGUCCGUAGCUAUUAAGAAAUUAUAUGAAGAAAUGAAAGAGCGAAUUGAAAGUGCAACCAAGCUAGGUCGAAUCCCUGAAGAACAACGCUCCAAACAUGAAGGAUUUUCACAGUGGGAUUCAUACUCUUCACGGCUAGACCAUGACACUAUCCUUCAAAUUCUGAUAGAUGGGAAAGAUCCAAAUGCCAAAGACAUUGAUGGGUGUGGUUUGCCUACUUUGGUAUACCUUGCUAGAGAGAAGAGACCCCAACAUCCACACCAUUUCAAAGCUGGAGCUAUGAAUGCCUUGAUUAGAGUGUCAUCAAAGAUCAGCAAUGGACCGAUUAUUCUCAAUCUUGACUGUGAUAUGUACUCAAACAAUUCAUUAGCCGUUCACGAUGCACUUUGCUUCUUCUUGGAUGAAGAGAAAAGCCAUGAAGUUGCUUUUGCACAAUACCCACAACACUUCGAAAAUAUUACCAAGAAUGAUGUAUACAGCAACUCUUUACGAGUGGUUUUCAAUGUGGAAUUCCAUGGUUUGGAUGGUUUUGGAGGCCCUACAUAUGGUGGAACUGGCUGCUUUCAGAGGAGAGAUGUUCUGUGUGGAAGGAAAUUCACUAAAGAUAGCAAAUUUGAAUGGAAGGAAGAUGACGAUCAUAAGAGACUAAGGAGCAUACUGGAAUUAGAACAAGAAACAAAGUCUCUCGCAAGCUGUACUUACGAGCAAAACACUCAAUGGGGCAAAGAGAUGGGUCUGAGAUACGGGUGUCUGCUCGAAGACGUGAUUACUGGGUUGUCAAUCCAUUGCAGAGGAUGGAAAUCAGUGUAUAUCAAUCCAGAAAGGAAGGCAUUCACCGGUCUGGCACCAACUACCUUGUCUCAGACAUUGGUGCAGCACAAGAGAUGGGCAGAAGGUGCUUUCCAGAUUUUGUUUAGCAAUUAUAGCCCUUUAUCGUAUGCCCGUGGAAAGAUUAGCUUUGGCCUGCAGCUAGGUUAUUGCUACUAUUGUUUCUGGUGUCCAUCCAGCAUUCCAGUACUCUGUUAUUGUAUAUUCCCUUCGCUUUAUCUCCUUAAAGGCAUAUCCUUGUUCCCACAGAUCUCGAGCCCAUGGUUCCUACCUUUUGCUUAUGUAAUAUCUACUCGAUACAUUUAUAGCCUAGCUGAAUUCCUAUGGUCUGGUGGCACAAUCCUUGGCUGGUGGUGUGAACAAAGAAUGUGGUUAUAUAAAAGAACAAGCUCCUUCUUCUUUGGAUUCAUUGACACCAUUUUGAAGAUGCUAGGAUUCACUGAAUCAACAUUUGUAGUCACUGCAAAAUUUACCGAUGAAGAUGUAUUAAAAAGGUACGAGAAAGAGAUGAUGGAAUUUGGAGAUUCCUCUCCAAUGUUCGCCAUCUUAGCAACACUUGCAAUGCUCAAUCUCUUCUGCUUUAUUGGAGUUGUGAAUAAAGUGAUCAUGAAUGGCGAUGUUUUUAGUCUUUACAAGACUAUGCCUUUGCAAACUCUUCUCUGCAUUGCUUUGGUUCUCAUCAACUUGCCUCUGUAUCAGGGCCUUUUCCUGAGGAAUGACAACGGCAAGUUGCCAAGUUCUCUAGCUUUCAAAUCAUUUGUUGUAGCUCUUCUUGCUUCCUCUAGCUUCACUCUCCUAUAUUGAUUCUCUUCCUUGUGGCUAUUUACAAGUUCUGUAAUUUACUGAUAUUUAAUGUUUUCUAUUUUCUAUUUCUUGAGACAGUAAAAAAUUAAGUUGAGAUUAUGCAAAUAUAUAGUUUCUAGUUCUA